AUCCCACCAAUCACUAGCACGAAUGAGGCCACCCACUGUGAAUUUAUUUCUGCAAUUAUAUAUGGUGUGGUGUCCAUCUUUGAUGGUACUGUAAAAGGACCCAUAGAUUGGGUGAUCAAAAUGGGAGACACAAUUAUUUCUGUAACUGAAGCAAAACGAGAAGAUAUUAACCAAGGUGUUGCCCAGAGCACUGUCCAAGCACAUGCAUCUUUGCAAUGCAAUCGCAAAAAACGUACUUAUGAUGAUGCUGAUUUGUAUGAAGGUGCAAUGUACUGCAUUGUCUCAACGGGUGUCGACUGGGUAAUAACAAAAGUUCAAAGUGGUAUUGGAGAUGGGAAUGAUAAUGUUGGACCUAUCGAGAAAUUAUUUGGGCAAAUUAAGUGGUUUUUGAUCAGCAAAAAUCAUCAUUGGUCAAUGGAAAGUGGGUAAAAAUAGAAUAAUAGGAUAGACAUAUGUCUUGAGUUAAUAUUUCAGAAAUAGGGGCAUUAGCAUAGAAAAAA